CACGAGCCUGGCAGCCUGCGAUCUGAACCUGAAGAGCAGGACAUUGGUCUAGUGCCCUCGCCUUACACCUCUCCGAAUACAUCCCUGGCUUCGUUUGCCACGAAGUCGGAAUCAUCCACUGGUAACCCUCCGUGGCGAGCAUCUACUUACCUCAAGCCUGAGCAAGCGGACCUGACACCAGCGAGGACCGUUGGACAGCUGUAUAACUCGCGCUCAGUUCCAGACGAUGUUUAUCUGACGGAAGGUCCUGAAAACGAUGGAUCUGAAUCCCAGUCGGGAGUCGCCAAUCUUGAGCCGGAACAGGUCACCAGCUUGCGGCGGUGGAUUCUAGGUUUCGCUCUAGGUGCGCACCUCUGUAUGAUUUGUAUGAAGCACAGUUACAGUUGAGGUGUCAGUUGAUUUUGACCUGGAUACCGGCCCUGUAAUGCGAAGUGUGCAUCCCCCUCUCUGGUUGUCUACGACUGAGAAGGAAAACAUCGCAUUCUCCUCUUUUCCUGAUUCUCUUCGUUCGGAUGAGGGCAGUCAAUUCCAUUCAUUUCGCAUACGUGACCACGGAUCGCGCACAGAAUUAUCUGCCUUGAGUGCUCAGAGACCUGAGGCCUUGGACGGUUUCCUGUACGGGUAUGCUCAUUUCUGCCAGCGCAGAGAUACUUCGUCAAAGAGAGGGUAUUCACAGCGCUCCAUUGUCUUGCUAACUCAGCUACAAUACCCCGCGCUAUUCACCGAGAUCAUCAGGAGAUUUGGAUUACUUUACGACAAACAUGGCACUGGCAUACUCGAGUCUGCCCUCCAUAACAUUGCCCAAUGGUGUAAACCUCUUCCAGGAGCCAUGUGCGAGCUCGGAUUCGUCGGAGAUGUGAUUCAUGCAGAAUUGCCUCGAACAGCAGACGAUCCCCAGCUUUCUGAAGCGAAGAUGCAGCUUGGCGCCUACUAUGACUCGACUUCUACACAUAUAACGGCAAGCAUAGCACCUCCCCGCCCACCUCCAAUCCUACUAUUUCAGGCAUCGCUCACGCACCUCUGGUCAAUCUGGGAGUGCCUGAUAUUCUGUGAGCCAGUUCUGAUAUUCGGCAAGUCGCCCAUGGAAACGAGCCAAGCCGUGUGGUGGCUCCGUGAUCUACUACGUCCAAUACCGUUAGCGAUAGACUUCCGACCCUAUUUCACGAUGCAAGAUAAGGACCAUACAAAUUUCAUCAAUAAGCUCCCUCCCCGAACUGGGCUCGUUCUGGGUGUUACCAACCCAUUCUUUGAGAAAUCAUGUCGACAUUGGCCGCAUGUACUCAGCUUGGGAAGAAGCUCCAAUGUAAAGGUCGAAGGGAAGGCGACUGUGCCACCUCCUGGCUGGGCCACUAAAAUCCAUAAACGUUAUACGUCGAAGGAUAGGCCCUUUUUGAAAGAGCUUGAAGACGCAUGCUCUUCUAAUGAUCAAGAGCUUAUCGCUUCAAGUUCUGUCAAGCUUCGCAGACACUUCUCCUCCCGGACUAUCGCUAUGCUGGCUCCCUUGAAUCGAUACUUCAGUACGCUCAUUCCUUCCCCUGCCGAGAGACAGAGUGGCAGUGAACGCAUCAAGCCAUUCAACAACACUCAUUUCUUCGCGUCGUUGAAGAAGUACGGAUCCGCUAUCCCGUUCAGAUCUUCGCGAAAAGAGAAGGAGUUCUACGAACGAUGGUUGAAGACUCCAGCAUUCGGAAUGUGGCUUGCACAGCAGGAGAAAACGGUGGUAGGGGUGCUCAAAGGCCCCUGAACACUACAUGAAGGACCAUAGCAACUAGCCUUGGAGCUCACUCAUAAAGAGAUGCUGAGGGAGUCUGCCAGAGUCGUUGAGACAUUCCAAGACGCCGAGAGCGUUCGUUGACAGAUGUGGAACCAAGAGUUCGCGUUGAGGCAUUCAGUUCAUGAGCAAGUAGUAACACAUGAAUGGGGAUUAGCGUUGUAUUUGCGAUAAAGCUCGGAGUGUCUAAAAUGU